AUGAGGAAUGUAGGGAAAGAUAACAUCGGCUCAGAAUGGCUGUUGCCUGCGAAAUCCGAGAUCCUUUCGGAAGUGGUUGAUGGUUUUGUACGCAAGGAUGGAGUCGGGAGAGAUGAUCUCACUCGACUGGAGCAGGCAACAACGGAUAAGAUAAAGGAGCUCCCCCCGCCUGGAUCACCUGAUAGCUCCACUGACUCAGCACUCUUUUCGCGUCAAUUCAAGGUCGCGGUUGACUGCUUGCCUAUCGAUUCUUCAGUGCAGAGGAUUGUGGUGCCUGGCUGGCUGCACUUUCAGGCUAGUUCAUGUCGUCUAUAUAAAACUCAUCCUCCAUGUGGGCACAACUGUCUCUGUAUCUCGCCAGCCUCACACCUCAGCAUACACUUGCGCGGUGAUGCCAAUGGCCGGCUCAUUGGAUACCACACCCCUUCACGAGCACAAGUGAAGAAGACCGACUUGGGAAAAAUCCUAUCGCCACAAUUGACCUCGAAGAAACCCGCAUGCUUUGAAAAGAUGGCUACCAGCAAGGCAUCGUCACGACUCCAAAGCCCGGGCGAUCGUAACGUGAAGAAUGUCGUGCUAGGCGACCUCUUGUUCAAGCCAUGGUACCAGUCAAUAUAUCCAGAAGACCUGGUCGCAAAAGAUGCCGAGCACCUCUAUGUCUGCCGCUGGUGCUUCCGAUACUCUUGCGAUAAAGUUGCCUUUGCGGAACACACGCGCGCCUGCAUCCAUCGCGUGACGCCACCUGGCACUAAAGUGUACGACCAUGGCGGAUACGCUGUAUGGGAGGUAGAUGGAGAGGAACAUAAACUUUUCGGUCAGAAUCUGUCUCUUUUCGCGAAACUUUUUCUUGACCACAAGACCGUCUUCUUCGACGUCGCCACCUUUCAUUAUUAUAUCCUCACCUUUACCGACCCCGAUAACUCCGAGAAUUAUCAUGUCCUUGGUUUCUUCUCCAAGGAGAAGCUAUCAUGGGACUCAAACAAUCUUGCAUGUAUCUGUGUCUUCCCACCGUACCAACACAGACAACUGGGGAAGUUGUUGAUGGGCGUUAGCUACAAGUUGAGUGGAUGGGAAUAUCCAGGUGGAUAUAUUGGCGGACCAGAGAAACCCCUCAGUGACCUUGGCCAGAAAAGCUACAAUCGUUUUUGGGCGGAGCGAAUUGCGAGAUAUUUGCUGUGUGGGAAGCAUGGGGACAAUAAAGCUGAGAAUAACCAGCAGCGAGUGACCGCUGCCCCAAAAAGCUCACCAUCAAAAGCAUCUCAUAAACGGCCACACCGCGAAUUUUUGACAGUCGAAGAAAUCGGGCUGGCCACAGGCAUGUUGACGGAAGAUGUGAUCACAGCCGUCAAAAGCAUGGGCAUCGUUCAGCCGGAUACGACUCCAAAGAAACGCAAACUGAGCCGUUUACACGGCGAAAAUGAGCCAAAGGAACCCCCCAAAAUCGUGAUUCGUAAGGCAGAUGUGUGGGAAUGGGCCAAAGCUAAGAACUUGUCACUCGAGGACCCUGUCAAGGAAGAAGGAUUCACUAUCGAAUGGCCAUCUGCGACCAUGUCCGAAGUGGGCGAAAGCAGUUCUGCUGAGGACUGA